GGGGGGGGGGAAGAGACCGUCGGCAUAUUUUUUUUCCUCUCUUAUUUUAUAUCACUAAUAAAAAGAAAAAAUGACUACAAAUAACAAGACAGUAAAGCAAUGGGUUCCACUUGAAGCAAACCCUGAGGUUUGGAACGAGGUUGCUCAUCAAUGUGGACUUGAUGAAAAGUGGAAUUAUGUUGACGUCUUUGGUUUUGACCCUGAACUCUUGGCCAUGAUUCCUCAACCCGUACAAGCCAUUAUCUUCUUGUUUCCUAUUACCGAAGCCUAUGAAAAGUUCAAGGACGAAGAGGAAGCUCACUUGAGAAUGCGUGAACAAAGUAUUAGUCCCGAUGUUGUCUUUUUCAAACAAACCAUUUCAAACGCCUGUGGUAUGAUUGCCUUGUUACACUCUGUUGCAAGUAGCGAUGACGAAAUUGUGGGUCCGGGUUUGUUUAGCGAUAUUAUUGAAAAGGCAAAGACAAUGUCGAUAGAUGAACGUGUAGAGUUGCUAGAAAAUAGUGAGGAAUUGGCCUCAGUUCAUGCAAAUGCUGCUGCACAUGGACAAACUGCCCCACCUCCCGAUCUCUCGGUUCCUAUUGACCUUCACUUUAUCUGCUUUGUUGAGGUUGAUCAACAUCUUUAUGAAUUGGACGGUAGAAAGGCCUUUCCUAUUAAUCAUGGAAAAUGUGAACAUUUAGUCGAGUCUGCGGCAAAAGUCAUGAAGGAAUAUAUGGCUAGAGAUCCUGAAGAGACGAAUUUCAGUGCUAUUGCUCUUUGUAAAACAGAAGAAUAAAAAAAAAUCUCUGCCCAGCAUGAAAUAUAUAUCGCGGUCUUUUUUUUUUUU